AUCUAUAUAUCCAUCAUUCACAAACAAUUCAUUUCUACAAAUUAAUCCAAAAAAUAUGUCUGAUCAAGCUCACCUUAAUGGAGCCUAUUAUGGCCCUUCAAUCCCACCUCCUUCGAGAAAAACAAGAUCAUACAACCGCCCUGGUCGCGGCGGGGGCGGUUGCAACCCAUUUUCAUGGUGUUUUAGUUGUCUUUGUGGUUGCAUUUUUAAUCUCAUAUGCCAAAUCAUCAUUACCAUCCUAGUCCUUCUAGGUAUCGCGGUUCUCGUGUUUUGGCUAAUUUUUAGACCCAAUGCACCAAAGUUUCAUGUUACGGAUGCAACUUUAACCGAAUUCACUUUAUCCCCAAACAACAACACUCUAUACUACAAUUUAGCCGUCAACAUGACGUUUAGAAACCCAAAUAAACGUAUUGGUAUUUACUAUGAUAAAAUUGAAGCCAAUGCCGAGUAUCAUGACAAGAGAUUUUCAACUAGGGAAUUGGAAAGGUUUUAUCUAGGACAUAAAAAGGAGAAAAAUGUUGGCACUGUUUUUAGUGGUGAACAAGUGAUUAGUCUUGGAAAUAAUGAUAGAUCAAAAUAUGAAUCGGAAAGGAAUGAAGGGUUUUACAAUAUUGAUUUGAAGUUGAAACUUAGGAUGAGAUUGAAGGUUGGAUGGGCUAAACCUAAAUUUAAACCAAGGUUUGAGUGUGAUUUAAGAGUUCCAAUGACUUCUAAUGGUAGAGUUUCUUCUACUAGUGGAUUUCAGAGAACAAAGUGUGAUUUUGAUUGGUAGAUAUCAUCAUCGUCUUUGAAUGUUGGGAGCGCUUUCUAUCCGACAGUUGCCGUUCAUCAUCGUAUUAUUACGAUUAUAUUUAUAUUUAUUCUCAUGAUUCUUGGAUCGAGUGUUUUGAUUCAUUGACUCUAUACUUUGUUUAUGUAUUCAUUUAUUUAUGUUUUUUCCGGGAUCAUUUUUUGGUAUGGUUUAUUUGGAGCUUUGUAAAUAUGGAGAUUUGUGUACACGUGCCAUAGUAUAUACAUUUAUUACUUUGUUUUA